AUGUUGGAAGAUAAGGAACAGGGUGAGCUUGCAAAUACUGAAAACGUGACAGAAUUGCACGAAUUCAGAAAUGCAGAGGGCUACAUCAUCGACGCGAGCGACCCCGAGCACGCCAAUCUCAAACGUGCGCCAGAUGGCCAUACAAUCCUCCUUCCACAGCCCUCCGCUGACCCGAAUGACCCUCUCAACUGGAGUCGACUAAAGAAACAUCUCAUCUUGAUCAUUGUAUCAAUGUCAGCCUUCUUACCAGACUACGGAAGUGCAACUGGAGCAGUCACCCUCCUGCCUCAAGCAGCUAUAUGGAACAUGACUCCUGACCACGUCAACCACAGCCAGGUGGGCAAUGUGUUCAUGCUGGGAGCUGGGGGCGUGGUUGUAGUCGCACUGUCCGCAUACUUCGGUCGUCUUCCAGUCCUCUUUUAUUUCCUCAUCCUCGCCACUGCUACUGCCAUCUGGUGUGCCGCUGCGCAGUCUUUCGAGUCCUUCAUGGCCGCACGCAUUCUCAAUGGCUUCUUUAGUACUGUCGCACAAGGAGGUGGGCUGAUGUUCAUCUAUGACAUGUUUUUUUUUCACGAACGAGCGAGAAAAAUCAAUGUUUGGAGCUCGUUUAUCAUUCUAUCGCCCUAUUUUGGACCUCUCUUUGCUGCCUUCAUCAUCAGCACGCAAACAUGGCAAAUACCCUUCUGGGUUUAUGUGGCCGAGACGGCUCUAUGCUUAGUGCUGGUCAUUGUUUUCGUCGACGAAACAUAUUAUGAUCGCCGUAUCGCUCCAUCCUCUCAGCCGCCUAGAGGAUCCCACUUUUCUCGACUGUUUGGAAUUUCUCAGUGGAAAUCGCGCAAUCUACGAAACACACUAGGACAAGCACUCAUGCGCCCGGUCUGGGUGGCACUUAAACCUACUGUUUUCAUAUCCUGCAUUUACUAUCUCCUAACCUUUGCCUGGGUAGUCGGUAUCAACACUACGCUCGCAAUCUUUCUGACGCCGCUCUACAAUUUUGGUCCAAAACAAAUUGGCUAUUUCUACUUCACGCCAAUUGUCGGUGCUUUGCUAGGCGAAGUCGUUGGCCACUGGCUCCACGACUUCAUCGCGACACGGUACAUCAAAGGGCACAGCGGCCAUUUUGAGCCUGAGGUCCGCUUGUGGGCUAUGUGGUUUUCUACACCAUUUAUGCUGGCCGGGUUGGUCGGUCUCGGCUUCUCUCUCGAAGAAGGAUAUCAUUACAUGGUGACAUCGGUAUUUUGGGGUCUUUAUGUGUUCGGAAUCAUGAUCACAACCGUUGGUCUCAAUGCCUACAACCUCGACAGCUAUCCAGAGGCAUCAGGUGAGGUCUCUGCGUGGAUCAACUUUUGUCGUACGUGUGGCGGCUUCAUUAUUUCCUAUUUCCAGGUCACUUGGGCGCAAGCACAGGGCACCAAAACCAGCUUUGGUAUCCAGGCUGCUAUUUGUGCCUUCGCAUUCUUCCUGAUUGUGGGGCUGCAGCUGUUCGGCAAGAAGCUUAGGGUGAAAGCGGGUCCUUUGGGUUUCCACACUUCCUAG